AUGGGGAUCGGGGCAUCGGGCAGCAUCGCCUGCUGCGGGCACCGGGGCUAUGGGUACCGGGUACCGGGGGCUGUGGGUACCGGCAACUGGUGCUCCUACACGGUGACACGGACAGUGUCGUGCCACGUCCAGAACGGGACCUUCCUGCAGAGGGUGUUCCAGGGCUGCCGCUGGCCCCUGGCCUGCAGCGGGGGCAGCUACCGCGCCGUGGUGAGGCCGCUCUACAGGGUGACCUACAGGACACUGACGGCGCUGGAGUGGCGCUGCUGCCCCGGACACGCCGGAGCCAACUGCGAGGAAGAGCCUCGCCCCUCCCUCACCCUGCGGGACCCCAGCGCCGCCCCCCGCCGGCCGCCCCUGCACCCCGCGGCCUUCUCAGGGUGCCUGAACUGCAGCCGGGUCGGGGAGCUGACGGCGCGGCUCGCCACCCUCGAGGCGCAGGUGGCCCGGCUGGCGGUGGCCGAGCCCCCCAGGGGCAGCAGCCCGGGCAGGGGAGCCGAGGCCGGGCAGCUCUGGGGGUCCCCGGCCGCCCGCGGGAGCCCCGGCGAUGACGGGACACCCGGCUGGAGGGGCCCCCCCGGGCCCAAGGGCGACGCGGGAGGACGGGGAGCGAAGGGGCCAGUGGGGCCACCAGGUCCCCCCGGCCCCCCAGGACCGCCCGGCCGCGAUGGGGCCCGGGGGCUCCCCGGAGAGAAGGGGUCCCCCGGGCCCCCCGGCCCCCCGGGCCCCCCUGCCCCGCUGGGACCGGCGAUCCCCCGGCUGGCCGAGCCCGGGGACCCUGUCCUGUCCAACACCUUCACCGAAGCCACCAGGAGCAUCGUGGGUCCCGUGGGCCCCCCCGGACCCGUGGGGCCAAUGGGUCCUCCCGGCCCCCCGGGGCCCCCCGGACCCCCAGGACCCGAUGGCAGGGCAGGAGCGCCCGGAGCCGCGGGGCCCCCGGGGGACAAGGGGGACACGGGUCCCCAGGGCCCCCCGGGCAGCCGCGGGCAGGACGGGGCUCAGGGCGAGCCGGGCCCCCGGGGCCAGCCGGGCCACAGGGGCACGUGGGCCAGUAGCUUCCAAACCCUCCUGCGGCAGCAGGCCCGGCUGGAGGUCCUGGCUAGAAGGGUCACCUUGCUGGAAGCCAUCAUCUGGCCAGAGCCAGAGCCCGGCUCGGGCAGCGGCGCCCCCGGCACGGCGACCCCCGGGGUGCCCCGUGCCAAGCGUGGCGGCGGCCGGCCCCCGUACCGCAUCAUCAUCGCGCGCGCCCCGCCCCCCGGGCCGUGACAGGGCCACCCCGGCCACCCCCGGGGUCACCCCGCCGUGCCACCCUGGGGAGCAGGACGGGGACACCCCCGUCCCCCCUCUUGGUGCUACUGGUGGCACGGCACCGCCCCCCCCGCCACGCUUCACCCCCAUCGCCGCUGCCAGGGCCCCCCAGGGCCAGGGGUGUCCCCAACGCCAUCGCUGUCCCCUCCCCGCCAUGGGGCAGCUCUGGGGGAGGGGUUCAUCUCAUCCCAGCCUGGGGAGGGGAUUGGGGGGCUCAGUGGGGACCCCCAGGGUGGGGACCUCGCUGUGCCGCGCGCUUCGCUGCUUUGGGA